AUGAUAGACCAAAUGAUUGACCGCGAGGAUUACCAGGAUAAACUACGCGACGAAAUAAGCAGGGAGAUUGGUGACCAAGUGCCUGUAAUUCAGGACAAAUUAAUACUAUGCUAUAAUAUGGCAUUUGUGAUGGAAAUGUUGCGCUUUAGAAAUCCCACACCUCUAAGCCUAUUUCAUAAGGCACUUGUAGAUUGUAAACUAGGUCCGUAUAACAUACCCAAAAGCACCCAGGUCGUACUACACCAGGCUGGAAGCAUAUUUUCAAAUGACAAACACAGAGCUGUUAUUUUUGAUGAUUACGGCCACAGUUGGGAAAGUUUACGCAGGAUAUCUCACACCACUAUACGAUUUGACAUCGAGCAACCUGAAUUGAAAAAAUUUAAAUACGUCACAACAGACUUUCAAACAGAUCUUGGUAACUCACUGUUCUUGUACGAGUUUAUACCAGUGCUGCGCUAUUUUAUGGCCAACCCAUUGAUUAAAUACAAACAAUAUUUUGAUGAAGUGAUGAAUUAUUCGCGUUAUAUAUACCAAAAACACGACAAAACAUAUGACAGCAAAAAUUUGCGCGAUUUUUGUGAUAUACUUAUCGCCGCCAAACACGAGGCCAUUGCCGAUGACAAACAGACAGCACCCUAUUUUACUGAUGAUAACUUACCGGCGGUUUUAAUUGAAUUGUUUAUGGCGGGCACCGAAACAACCCAUACAACAUUCCAGUGGUUACUUUUAGUCAUGGCAUAUAAGCCUGAAUAUCAGGAUAAGUUACGCGCGGAGAUUAGCCGUGAGAUCGGCGAUCGGGUGCCAGUGGUUGAGGACAAGUCACGGCUCAACUAUACGCUGGCGUUUGUAUCAGAAAUUUUGCGGCACAAGAAUCCUCUACCGAUUGGUGUAUUUCAUAAGGCAUUAGUAGAUAGCAAGAUAGGUGAACAUCCCGUAGCCCAAAACACCCAGGUAGUAUUACACCAAGGGGCAAUUAUGACAGAUUCAAAUCACUGGAACAAUCCAGACAAAUUCGAGCCAGAACGAUUUCUUGACGAACAUGGUCAAUUUAUUCAAACAAAACUCGCGGCUUAUAUGCCGUUCAGUUACGGUCGCCGCGUAUGCCCGGGUGAAUCGUUGGCUAUUAAUGAUCUAUUUUUGGUCCUGGUCAGGUUUAUUCAAUUGACC